AUGGUCAGCCCCAUCCAGCGAGAAAGCAGCACCCAGCUGCCUGUCUCUCAUGCCCCGUCGCCCCAGCCGCAGCUGCAGCCGCAGCCCUUUCGCAAGCAGCCCUCCAGGAUCGUCCGCUGGCGUCGCAAAUGCUACCUCUCGCUGCUGUCAACAUGCAUCCUCGUGAACGGCAUUCUGUCGCCCGCAAUGACCGGCUUAAUCUCGCACAUCCUCGCUGUCACGCAUGACCAGGUCCCCAAGUACGGCGGCGACUUCAAGCGCGGCAGUUCCUACCUGGUAGCCGCCUCCGGUGCUGUUGGUGUGUUUGACGCGUGCGUGCUGUUUGUCAUGUCCCUUAUCGGUGAUGAUAUGCCUUUGAGAUGGAACUGGUCCGGCAAGGAGAAGCACCGCGAGUGGAAGCUCCCCGUUCAUCGCAUUGCUACCUUGGUCGCCCUGGCCGCCGUGUUGCGCGGAGCCGCUGCCGCUGCCUAUUCCAACUACGACUACUGGGAAUCAGACCAGGGCAUCGAGCAGAAUCUGGAAAACAAUGGCACCUACUACACCCCCGAGACCUGGAUCUGCACAGGUGCUGUCAACCAAACCAUUAUCGAAGGCGAACACCCCGAAUACAAGUGGAUGUGCCGCGAAGCACAGGGAGCCCGCUAUCUGUCCAUCUUGGUCACCAUAGUCGCUGGAAUCACGCUGCUCUUGGUCCUGUGGAGAUGGCGGCGCCGGAACCUCGACAGGCAAUACGAGCCCGUGGCCAACAGCCGGAGGGCAAGCGACGUCAUCCCCUUCGGCGCAGUUGACAGUGGUCGGAGAAGCGAACAGGGCUCGCAACAUUACCACAGCGUGGAAAUCGGUGGAACUCUGACGAAGAAGCAAAAUGAGGCUCUAAAUUCUCAGCUGCAAGGCUUCCAAACCAUGACGAGGCUUCGUGACACAACGGCCGAGCCAAGAGUUUCUCCCGGCGUGUGCGAACGCAGGAACAGGGCAAGGACCCGGAGGAAUGCGGUCGAGACCGCCUUGCCGCCUGGCGGCCUCCAGCGUCGGUGGCACGAGGAAACAUGGCUGUUCAAGCAACACAAGACAGAGGCCAAAGCCUAA